AUGGAAUUUUCCAAGAGAGUGACAGCUGAGACCCGAAGGAGCGGAGGAGGUGCCCAGGCACUCAGUCACCAUUGCCACCUUGAUCUUGUCGGCGUAGUGAAGGAUGAUCAGAAUCUGAACCUGACGUUCAGAGACGAACCCCUCGAAAAGCAAAACUACUACGAGGCGCUCAAAGAGCGUGCCGACCAGCUGGCUCGCGACAAAGCUGCGGAGACGAGGCGCCUCCCGGGGUGGAGUCCCGUGACCCCCACUGAUAACAGCGUCCCGAAAUUCAACAGAUGCUCCGACUUCACGUGCCCUCCAGAACACUUUUACGGAGGUGUUCAUAAGGACUACGAGGAGCUGCAGCGACUACAGCACAGAACGCGUGGCCUGCUUCCCGGCUCGGACAACUUCAUGGCGGCCGCCCCCCGGACCUCAGGCACACCGGAAUGCCGCCGGGAACGUCUCGACGUCUACACUCCACCAAUUUUUGAACGACUGCGCGGGAGUCAAGGAAAUCAUUGUGGUAAGGCUAUUUUUCCUCCUGGCACCCUCAUCGCCUGGAACGUUAAGGCCUCUAACGUGCUUUCCGCGGCUCUGACGGUUCUAUCUACGACGGACAAGGGCACGGUGACUCUUGAAAAAGCUACAGAAUUCUUUUGGGAUCUCAGCCCCGGAGUUCCCUGCGACCGCGAAUACGAGAGUCUGGUCCAGUCGGCCGGUAGGGCUCUGCAGGCGACAGCCUCCGCGUCGCCAGCGAGGGCGUUCAACUCCCUCAAAGAGUGGUACGCCACUCACGGCAUAUGA